AUAAUAGUCAAACAAAAAUAACAUUCCUCACUUCUGAAAUAAUAUGAGCAUUAAUUGAUAUUGAUUGUUCAACGCUGUUAAAGGAAGAGUUGAAACAAAAUCCAACCAUACAAGUCCUGGGCAUACCCAAAACAUACUUGGCCUAGAGGGGGACAGCCACCUAUGUCUCCUUCAAAAAUCCCCGUCGCCGGUGAAAUACCAUUUUCCGGCAUGUGGUUGGUUAUUCUUCUUCUUCACCUCGCUCUCUUUGCGACUCCUUCACUUUGCUUGGACUUCCUAUUCAACUCCUUCACCGGCAUAACCAACCUCACUCUGGUGAAAGACGCUCGCGUGGACUCAUCGGUGAUCCGCAUGACCAACGACUCCAACCAGUACUCUUACGGCCGCGCCUUCUAUCCCACAAAAGUUCCCAUCACAAAAACUUCUUCCAAUUCCUCAUCCUCAUCCAUCACUUCAUUCUCAACCUCUUUUGUUUUCUCUGUCUUGCCGCAAAUCCCUACCAGUCCCGGCUUUGGCCUCGCCUUCGUCCUCUGCAACACCACCGACCCUCCCGGAGCCAUCGCCAGCCAGUACUUCGGCCUAUUCACCAACGCCACCUCCCCCACCUUUUUCCCCCUUGUCGCCGUCGAAUUCGAUACCGGCCAGAACCCUGAAUUCAACGACAUCGACGACAACCACAUCGGCAUCGACCUCAACAACAUCGAAUCCACCUUCUACACCCCUGCCGGCUACUACAAUUCCACCGAGGGGUUCGUGCCGGUGCGCAUGCGAACCGGCCAGAAUAUCCGAGCCUGGAUCGAUUUUGACGGCCAGAAUCUGCUGUUCAACGUAACGGUGGCGCCAAUCGGCGUUUCGCGCCCGUCCAAGCCUACACUUUCACAUUUUGUUCCUACCAUAGGUAACUACGUGUCAGCUGACAUGUACGUCGGGUUUUCCGCUUCCAAAACGAACUGGAUCGAGGCGCAGAGGGUUCUGGCAUGGAGCUUCAGCGAUUCAGGGCCAGCGAGGGAGCUGAACACGACAAACUUACCGGUGUUCGAACCGGAAUCGUCGUCUUCCUCGCUUUCUGGCGGCGCAAUUGCAGGGAUUGUUGUUGGUUGUGUAGUUUUUGUGGUUAUAUGCGGUUGUGGUGUUUACUUAUGGUGGCGAAUCCAGAAAGGGAAAGAUGAAGAAGACGAGGAGAUCGAGGAUUGGGAGUUAGAGUACUGGCCACAUAGAUUCUCGUACGAGGAAUUGAGUUCUGCAACAGGGGAAUUUGGGAAGGAGCAGCUGUUAGGUUCGGGAGGGUUCGGGAGAGUGUACAAAGGGACGUUGCCGAACAAAACACAUAUGGCGGUGAAGUGUGUGAACCACGAUUCGAAGCAAGGGCUGCGGGAAUUCAUGGCGGAGAUAUCGAGUAUGGGGAGGCUUCAGCACAAGAACUUGGUUCAAAUGCGAGGGUGGUGUAGAAAGGGUAACGAGCUUAUGCUUGUUUAUGAUUACAUGCCUAAUGGGAGUCUGAACAGGUGGGUUUUCGAUCGCCCCGAGAAGCUUCUAGGGUGGGAGCAACGCCGUCGAAUCCUUGUCGACGUGGCAGAGGGGCUUAACUACCUUCACCACGGUUGGGACCAGGUCGUUAUUCACCGAGAUAUUAAGUCCAGUAACAUAUUGUUGGACGCCGACAUGCGAGGGAGACUCGGGGACUUUGGUUUGGCCAAGCUUUACACGCACGGGGAGGUUCCCAACACUACACGUGUGGUGGGAACGUUGGGCUACUUGGCGCCAGAGCUGGCCACGGUUGCGGCGCCGACGUCCGCGAGUGACGUCUACAGCUUUGGGGUGGUGCUGUUGGAGGUGGCGUGCGGGAGGCGGCCCAUUGAGACUUCGGUGGCGGAGGAGGAGGUGGUGCUCAUUGAUUGGGUGAGGGAGUUGUACGCGAAGGGGUGCGCGCGUGAGGCUGCCGAUGCGAGGAUCCAAGGGGAGUACGAUGAGGAAGAAAUGGAGAUGGUUUUGAAGCUUGGCUUGGCUUGUUGCCACCCUGACCCCCAGAGAAGACCCACCAUGAAGGAAGUCGUCGCGCUUCUCCUCGGAGAGAAUCCGCCUGAGGCGCCCGGAAAAGUCUUGUCCGAUUUGGUUCGCAGCGGCGACGAUUUCGAUGAGGCGGCGCCUUUGCAACCCUCUUCCACGCGGGUUUGAGUUGUUUUUACUGUACAUAAUUGGACUUUUUUUUUUCUUUAUCGUUGAGCCUUUUGUGUUUGGAUUUUGCUACAUCACGGUUUGACUUGUUUUGUUUUGGAUUGGAUUAGUUGAGUUUCCAAGCAAACUCCUCUUGUACCUAAUCAAGGUAAAACUAGUAUUUAUAGUUUCAGCCAACAAGCGAGAUUCAACUUGUUAGAGACAGUGACUUUAUAAAGAAUUUUGGCACUUGUAUCUGAAA